AGAUAUUAAUGUAAUCUUUUGUAAAACUAUCUUAAGGUUAAAAUCUUGCAAUGUACUUUUUGUCAACAUGUAUGAGAGUAGUUAUUGGAACGUGAAAGAAUAAUUGGAUAGAUUUCAUGUAAAAAUAUAUAUUUUUUAAUGGAAGCUUCCAUUCACAUAGAUUAACUGCGGAGUAGUGAGAACGCUAAUACGUCACGUAAUAGUACGAAAUUGGCAUAUAGAACAGAAUGAGAACCACUGAAAGACGCUGACCGUUCUUGGCGCGAGUCUGUUCAAAAUUAUUAAGGUUUUUUCUACGAUAUCCUUGCUUACAAACUAUUCGAUCAAGAAAAAAUGCAAUCAUAUAAUUCUUUGGACGGCGAAAGUACGAGCAACAAAGCGGCGAAUAAACGUAUACCAUCGACAACAGGUAAAAAAAACACAGAGAAGAAAAGAUUGCGGGAAAAUAUACAAAAGCUGAGAUGCAUAAUCGAAAAGGCCGAGUGGGCUUUGGAAAUGUUACGAUUCAAAGACGUGGAACGCAAAAUCGAACCUCGAAAUCCGAAGACCUCACACUUCAGCAAAUUUACGAACGUUGAGGUUCAACUACAGAAUGAUCUGUACAAGUUCGCUGGUUUUCGUUGUGUUAAGUUCAAACGAACGGAAGCUAUAUUUAACUUUACAUCGGCUAACGAGCAGCAGAAUGACAACACUUACGCUGUACAAACUCUCAUAAAAGAUGGAAAAGCUAGUCUAGGAAGAUGGGUGAUGCCGAUGUCGGUUGAUAUGAAUGAAAUAUUGACCAAGACACCGAUUGACAAAUUAAAAAAUUUAACUGCUUUCAUGAAAAACUGCAAACACAAUAUCAACUGUUACACUGUGCGACAAGAGCAGUUUUUAUCGUUAAAGAAAUAUAUUUUGCACAUGAAGCACUAUGCAUUACAUUCUAAUAUAGGAUAUAUGCAAAUUAAUCUAGAGUUAUAUGGUGUACAUGAUAGAGAAGAUGAUAAAUAUAUCGAUUUGAUAUUAUAUUUAUUGUAUCAUUCUGAUGAAGCAAGACCAUAUACUGUUAAAAUUGAUACAACAACAAAGAAUAAGUUAAGUGAUGAAACAAACAAGAGAUUGAAAGUAUAUUUGAAGGAGUUUAAAAUAUCAGAUCUGCAGAGUGCUUUUGACAAAGUCUUUAUGAAAACAAAUUCAGCAUUUAGGUGGAUACAAGCAGAUGACAAUGAGAGCCCAUUGGAAAUUAAUGACACCAGCAUCUCUGAUGAAGGAGACUUUUUAGAACAAUUGCAAUCAGAGCGGAAGAAAUCGUUGACGAGAAUCAAGAGAAAACGCGAACUACAAAAUAAAUGGAACAAAAGAAAGAAACAAGAAGGUAUCACGAAGAAUAUUACAUCUUCAGGGAAUAAUAGCAAUGAUGACGCUCAUUCAGAAGCAGAAAUAUCACAUACCAAAAGCCCACAUCAAACUCUGAUAAAUGAGAAGGAAACUGAAGAGAUUGUAUCUUCCUUAAAACAACAAAAACAAAAUGAUAAAAAUCUAUUAGAAACAACCCCAAUAAAUAAAUCUAAAUUGAAACAAACCAAGCUAAAUUUCAAAGCUACCCAGUCUAAAAAUUCUAGUAAUGUAAACGAAAGCUCAUCGUUUCAAUCAAAACCACGCACUAAACUUGGUAAUAAGAAUCGAAAGGUAGCCCAGUUAAUCACCAGUACUCCAUUAAAUUCCCGUGUCAGCGGUAAACUCAUCUCUACCUUGGAACUUGAUAAUAUUACUGAAAUUGGGUCUCCGCUAAAGGAAGCAACAGAUAACAUAAACGAUUUGAAGAAGAAUAGUCGCUUAAAAAAUAAAACUCUAACAAAGAAGAAAAAAGGUUCAAAAGUCAUUAAGAAGUCCUAGAUGGGCUAUAAAUAAUAUUAAGUACAUAUCCAGACAGUACACAUCCAAAAUUGGGACAUAAGACAUCUUGAAGACGUUUUUAAAUAGUUUUAAAAACGUCUUAAAAACAUCUUAUGUCCUAAUUUUGAACAUUGUUCAAAAUGUCUGGGUAUACUAUGAAAAGUGACGAACUCAUAACUAGAAAUAUGAAGAAGUGAAAAAUAAAAUAUAAUUAUGUGUGAAAUGUUAAAGUAAAUCUUUUAUAGAAUUAAUAAGUUUUAUAAAAAUAAUAAGUUUUUUAUAGAAAUAAUAAGUAUGUAUUUAUUUUUUCUCUCUCAUGUAUGAUAUUUACAUUACGUUUAUGUUACUUCCCACUAGACGACAUGAUAAUUUAUUGUA